AUGGCUUCUGCAGAGCAAUCCCUGCCCACGAGGGAACGGCGUCCUUCAAUGGGAGCUCCAAUAGUCGACAUCGUCGGCUCAAUAGGGCCUGCUGGUAUUUCUCGACCUAAACACAAGCGUACCUUUACCGGGUUUGGUGCCGGUGAAAUAAAAAACGUGGAAGCUUCUAUUCCCGAACCCCAGCGCGCAGCAUGGACGAAGAAUGAGUUUUCUGGCUUCACAAACAAGGAUGAUUUCGAGAAAGAGGUCGUUCGACAUGUUGAGACUACCUUGGCUCGAAGCAUAUACAAUUGCGACGAGACAGCUGCGUACUCAGCGGCCAGUCUAGCCUUCCGAGACCGCUUGGUCAAGGAUUGGAACAAGACUCAGCAACGCCAGACGUUUACGGAUAGCAAGCGUAUUUACUACCUCAGUUUAGAAUUCCUAAUGGGUCGGGCAUUCGACAAUGCGAUGCUCAAUCUCCGUGCUAAAGAUGUUGCCAAAGAGGGACUUGCCGAGUUGGGAUUCCGCAUUGAAGACCUCAUUGGCCAGGAGCACGAUGCCGCACUAGGUAAUGGUGGCUUAGGGAGACUAGCAGCAUGCUUCCUCGAUAGCAUGGCCUCUUUGAACUAUCCUGCAUGGGGCUAUGGGUUGAGAUACCGCUACGGCAUCUUCAAACAAGAGAUUAUUGAUGGAUACCAGGUUGAAGUACCUGACUAUUGGCUCGACUUUAACCCAUGGGAGUUCCCUAGGCACGAUGUUACUGUUGAUAUACAAUUCUACGGCCACGUCACCAAGAGCCAGGAUGAGAACGGGAAGACAGUGGCUAAGUGGGAAGGUGGUGAAACGGUCAUCGCUGUCGCCUAUGAUGUUCCUACACCAGGGUAUGAUACUCCUUCUACCAAUAACUUGCGGUUGUGGUCCAGCAAAGCAGCCAGCGGCGAGUUUGAUUUUCAGAAGUUCAACAGUGGGGAGUACGAAAGCUCAGUGGCCGAUCAGCAAAGAGCCGAGACGAUCAGUGCCGUGUUAUAUCCCAACGAUAAUUUAGACCGAGGAAAGGAGCUACGUCUCAAACAGCAGUACUUUUGGGUAGCUGCGUCACUUCAUGACAUCGUUCGCCGAUUCAAGAAGUCCAAGCGCAAGUGGAGCGAGUUCUCAGAUCAGGUCGCCAUUCAGCUCAAUGAUACCCAUCCCACUCUUGCCAUUGUUGAAUUGCAGCGCAUCCUAAUCGACGUCGAAGGUCUUGAGUGGGAUGAGGCAUGGACUAUCGUUACAUCAACCUUUGGUUAUACGAAUCACACGGUCCUCCCCGAAGCUCUCGAGAAAUGGCCAGUUGGUCUGAUACAGCACCUCCUGCCUCGUCAUCUCCAAAUAAUCUAUGAUAUCAAUCUCUUCUUCCUCCAGUCGGUCGAGAAGCGAUUCCCUGAUGACAGAGAUAUGCUACGCCGAGUCUCUAUCAUAGAGGAAUCUCAGCCAAAGAUGGUCCGAAUGGCAUUCUUGGCUGUCGUUGGUUCUCACAAGGUCAACGGCGUUGCUGAACUCCACUCCGACCUAAUUCAGACAACUAUUUUCAGGGAUUUCGUUGCCAUUUUCGGCCAAGACAAGUUCACAAACGUCACAAACGGCAUCACGCCGAGGAGAUGGUUGCACCAAGCGAACCCUCGACUGUCGGAGUUGAUCGCGAGCAAAGUUGGUAGUCAUCAAUUUCUGAAGGACCUUACACUCCUCAACCAACUAGAGCAUUUCGUGGAUGACAAACAAUUCAGGAAAGAGUGGGCUGAGAUCAAAUAUGCCAACAAAGUCCGCCUAGCCAAGUAUAUCAAAUCUACUUUGAACAUCAAUGUCAACCCGGCUGCAUUGUUCGAUGUUCAGGUGAAAAGAAUCCACGAAUACAAGCGGCAGCAAUUAAACAUAUUUGGUGUUAUACAUCGAUAUUUGACUCUAAAGGCGAUGAGUCCUGAAGAGAGAAAGAAAGAACAGCCCCGUGUUUCUAUCUUUGGCGGGAAGGCGGCUCCCGGUUAUUGGAUGGCCAAACAAAUUAUCCAUCUCAUCAAUAACGUGGGAAGUCUUGUCAAUAAAGACGCUGAUAUCGGCGACUUGCUGAAAGUCAUCUUUCUGGAAGACUAUAAUGUAAGCAAGGCUGAGAUGAUCAUUCCUGCCUCAGAUCUGAGUGAGCAUAUCUCGACAGCUGGUACAGAAGCGUCUGGAACAAGCAACAUGAAAUUUGUUUUGAAUGGUGGAUUGAUUAUCGGUACCUGUGAUGGUGCCAACAUUGAGAUUACACGCGAAAUUGGCCAAGAGAACAUCUUCCUAUUCGGAACACUCUCCGAGGAUGUCGAGGAUUUGCGCCAUGCACACACGUAUGGAGCGCACCCCAUUGAUUCAAAUCUAGAAAAAGUGUUCGAGGCUAUUCAAAGCGGCAUGUUUGGAGAGCCUAAUGAUUUCAGUGCCAUGAUUUCUGCCGUCCGCGAUCAUGGGGACUACUACCUAGUAUCCGAUGACUUCCAGUCAUACAUUGACACUCACAAGAUGGUUGAUGCGGAGUACCAAAACCAGGAAGAAUGGAUCUCCAAGUGUAUUCGCAGCGUAGCCCGCAUGGGUUUCUUUAGCUCUGAUCGCUGCAUCAACGAAUACGCAGAGGGCAUUUGGAAUAUCGAACCGCUAGCUGUUUAG